AUGUAUUCAAAUGUUAGACCGUAUAAAAUAUUGCAAAAAGUAAAAACAAACGAAAAUAAUAGUAAAGAAAAAUCAAAUGAAGAAAAGAAAAAUCACGAUAACCAUAAAAAAUAUGAAGAUGACAGAAGGCAUAAAUAUAAUAAGCAUGUAAAUAAAUACAAAACAAAAAAUAAUAAAACAUACACAAUAAAUGAUAAUUAUGAAAAAAGUGACAAUAAUGUUGUAUUAAAAAAAACGGGAAAAGAUAUGUUAAUAUCUUUACUAAAAAAAGACCAAAUGUGUGUAAAAAAAAAAAAAAUUGUUAUUCGAAAUUUACCUCCAACUUUAAAUGAAAAUAAUUUUUUUGAUUCUUUUUCAAACAAUCUUAAAGAUGAAUUAGAUUAUUAUUAUUAUGUUAAUGGAAGUAUAGGAAAAAAUUCAUCUGAUGAUAUUACUCAUUCACGUAUAUAUUUAUCCUUUAAAGAUUAUAUGAAAACAGAAGAAUUUAUAAAAACACAAGAUGGGAAAUAUUUCUAUGAUACAAAUGGAAUUAAAUAUAAAGCAAAUGUUACAUUUGCACCAAAUCAAACAAUAAUACAUAAAAAUCGAACAGAUAAUAGAAAUAACACAUUAGACUCUGAUCCAUAUUUUUUAAAAUGUUGUGAAGAAAUGAAUAAUCCUGUUGAACCACCAAAAAACGAUAUAGAUUAUCAUGAUAUUAUUAAUGUCGUAAGAGAAAAUGAUGAUAUCAUAUCUCCUAUAGUUAUAGAUCUAAGAAAAAAGCUAAAAAACACCAAAGUCAAAUAA